UCGGUCGAGGUUCAUUGUUCGGCGAAAUGAACCCGCGCAGCUCGCCGUGCUGGUGUUGUGGGCGAAAUAGCUACGACACAGCUCGCCGGAGUUGUUCGACGUUUCCGCGCAAGUACGAGUACGAUGAAGACGGUCGGCGGUAUCACAUUGACGACAACGGAAUGGCGUGCUACUACCAGCACAAGAACAAUUCACAUGGAAAAGUUGUGCAUAAUGGGAUAGAUGGUUCAUCAGAGAUACGCCGGAGUUGUAAGACAUUUCCGCGCAAGUACGAGUACGAUGAAGACGGUCGGCGGUAUCACCUUGACGACAACGGCAUGGCGUGCUACUACGAGCACACAAACAAAUCAAAUGGAAAAGCUGUGAAUUACGGGAUAGAUGGUUCAUCAGAGGUCUCAACCCCACGACCAACAUUCGUGCAGGCGGUAAACGAGGUGAUGGUAGAGAAACGACAGCUGCCCGCAAAAGAAAUCCAUGUCUGGAAACCGCAUGCAAACCCCGUCCGCAACAUCAACACCAGCACGAAGUAGCCACUUAACAGGAUGCUUAAAGUAUCGAGUAACAAGAGAAUCAUUGGAACAAACGAUAACACUAGCACUGUCUCUUAGUCAACGAAAACAACCGAUCAUUUAGAAAGUGACGUAUCUCGAAAAACUACUCUACUAUUUACGAUGUUGUUUUCAUCAUUCCAAAUACGGAUGCUUUUCAUGUGUUUGAUAAUUAUAUUGAAGAGAGGAUUAAAAUCAACAUUAAUUGCACAAGUUUCAAGACCUAUUCGUUACGAUCAAAAUAUAUAUAACACAAUGAAUUAUUAGUGUAAAAACAAACACCAGAUGAAGACGAACAGGAUGAUAUUUAUCAAGCCGGUCCUCGUUGAAAAUUGUAGUUAUUAUGCUUGCUUUUGUUUAUGCUUUUUGAAAUGUUUUCUAGUACUAAGUUAUUAUAUUUUCCGUACGUUUCGUAUUGCUUGUGUUUAAGCAUUAAGCUGCAGGAAUUUUAAGGUAGUAGGUCAAACCAAAUGUAAAUAUAGUUGCAUCCGUUUGAGUUUGGUUUUGAUGAAGAAAUCUAUCGCCAAACAAUUUUGUUUAUAGUGCUUCAAUAAUUGGCUAAACGGAAGUCAGGAGCGUGUCAAAGCAGUAUUCGUUAUAACCUUACAGAAAAGAAAAUAAUUAACGGAAAA